AUGCUAAAUGAAUCACUCAUCAUAUAUAGAUGGUACAAAUGAAUAUUUUCAAAUGCCGUUUAUUUAUAUCCAGAACGAAAAGAGAAAAAACCAUUUAAUUGAAAAUUAGGCUUAUUAUUCACUAUUCUGUGUGUGAAAUUGUGAUUUUUAUUAUUGACUAAGGUGGUCGUAGCAUUUGAGGUCACUGAUAUAGUAACCUAGAACCUGCUAUAUGUACAGAGGUGAUGGAUGGAACAUAAAAGAAAGCUGAAGCUGGAGGUACUCGAAAUUAAAACGAAUAUAACCAAUAAUAAUGAUAAAACGUGAAAAUUCUAUGUGGUGAUACAACAGGGUAGAACUCAAUAUAAAUAAGUUCUCUAACAUAUAGAGAAAUACGAGUUGAUAUGGAAAUUUCGAAGGAGGAUAAUAUUUUAUUAGAAGAUGACAGUUUAUGCAGAGUUUGUUUGUCAUCUGAUACAAGAAACAUAUGCAUUUUUACCACCCCCAUUGAAAAUUGUCAAUUGACAAACGUAUGGAAAAAAAUACGAUUGUAUGGCGGUAUCAAGGUGAGUCAAACCGAUGGAUUUCCUUCAAAGAUAUGCAAUAACUGUAUUUCCAAAUUAUGUGUCAUUGAAGAAUUUCGAAAAAAAUGUCAGGAAAGUGAUAAGAAAUUGAAGGCACUACGAGAAAAAGCAAAAAAUAAAAAUCUUGAAAACAACCAAAUAAACAAGAUUCACAGAGAAAUAAAAGUAGCUGAAGUUACUGAAGAUAACUCCGGACACAGCUUUCUUCAGAACAUGAAGCCAAUGAAGGUUGAAAAAGAAAUGGAAAUAAAAAGGAAAGAUUCUGGAAUUUUAGGGAUUGUAGCUGAUCAGUGGGCGCUUGAGCAGAUCGAGGAAUCCAGUCCAAAGAUUAUUUCCAAACCUUUUGAGGUUGUUGUAGAAAAAUCAGGAACUCCCGUAAACAGUCAAAACUCAAAUAAUAUUGAAGGAAAAAUUCAAAAUUCAAAGUCCAAGGCAGAGGAAAAUCCUGUACCAAAGAUGCAGAAAAAACCAUGUAAACGUUUGCUCAUUUUUAGGAGAAUAACUUCAAUGGAGAAUUUAAAGAAGUACAAAGAGAGACAGAGACGAUAUGUAAAAAAAACAAAAUCCAUUGAGAGCAGCGCAGAUAAGAAGACCACGAAUAAUUACAAAGUCUCAAUCCAGCAGGUACAAUCCGACUUUGAAAAUUUGCAAGGCGCAAAGUUCUUGGAAGAGCAUCCGUCAAGUCACGAUCUCAAGAAACUUGGUAAAUCUCCAGAAUUUUCAGGGGACAUCGAGUCUCAGGAAUCAAACAGCAAGUCAAGGUCUUCGACAUGUAAAAUCUGUGAUAAAAGAUUUCGAAAAUCUCUUACUAUGGUGAGACAUUUGCACGUCCAUAAGAGAGAAAAUCCCAGAGCUGUGUACACCAUUUUGAAAGAAAUAAGGGAUGAAAAAAGAAGAAACGAGUCCAUUUUUCACAAUGAGAAUAUCGUGAGUCAGGAAAUACCGGAUGAAGUCAGUUGUAAUAGUAAUCAGGAAGGCCUUACGAGAGACCUCCAAACGACGCCUGGAAAGCCAAAUAUCUCCGUUAUUAGAACGAACAAUACAGACAUCUCGAUGGAGUCUCGAGCUAAGGAGAUUCCGGCAAGGUCAGAGAUUUUGUAUGACGACAGGGCGGCGAUAAAGUUGAUAAACACCUGGAUCCGUGAAGAAUUGGAUUCGGACAACGAGGGUAAAGGUUUUCCGUGCAACAAGUGCAACAAAUCAUACGUAACAAAAAAAUCAUUGUUGAAACACGAAUCAAAGAUGCACAAGGAGCCUAUUCGUUGCAGAGUUUGCUCAGAAAAUUGUAUUUGCAACAUAAAAGCUUCAGAAGGUCAUAAAGAUGCCAAUAAAUCGGGAGAUCAUCGUUGCAACGAGUGCGAAAAGACUUUCGAGCAGGCAAAUGAGCUGGAGGAUCACUCGAAAAUUCACAAACGUGAAAAAGAGCAAGUCGACAAGGAUUUCAAGCGCUUUUUGUGCCACAUUUGCAGCAAAACUUUCAGGCAUAAUACAGGCUUGAUGUUCCACAUGAGAACUCACACGGGCUAUAAGCCUCACGUGUGUAAAUACUGCGGACGUGGAUUUACCUCAAACUCGAAUUGCAUUAAUCACGAACGUACUCAUACCGGGGACAGGCCUUUUGUGUGUCACUUUUGCAGCGCCGCCUUCGCCAAAUCUUGCACUCUCAAAGCCCACAUAACAACUCACACUGGCGAAGCUAAUUAUCAUUGUAAAACCUGUGGCAAAUCCUUCAGGCGACUAAAGUACUUGAAAGAGCAUAGAUUCACUCACACUGGUGAAAAACCGUACGCUUGCAAAAUUUGUGGCACCGCUUACAGUCAUUCGGGCAGUUUAUUCGUUCACGAGAAAAAAUGCAAAGCUCAACAAGAUGCUUGUCCGGGGAUUAUCGAGCAUUUUUCCGAUGGUAAAACGGCUCUUUACCAGCCCAACUUGCCUAGUGGUGAACCGAUAUUGACAAUCCAAAACGUCAACGAGGCCCCUGAAAUUACGAAUGAGAACAAAAUUUUCAUCAGCAGCAUCCAGAGAAUCAAUCAUAUCAAUGAUAAUCUUCACACCAGUCAUUUCAGCUUGCCUAACAAUUCUCCAAACUUUUUAAACAUCAGUCACAUUUAUCAUUCGUAAAACAAAGUACAGAACGCAGGGAGCUCGCGUUUACGAGGGACGAGAAACAUUCGAUGAAAAAAAUAAAUUUUUCGAUCCCUUGGAAAUUGAAAUAAAUAAAACUUUCUGUGAUAAAGAUUGUAAUUUUAUCUUCCUUUUUGAAGCCGCAUAUUAUUAAAUUUUUUAAUUUAUUAAAUUUAAAUUUAUUAAAUUAUAAAAUUUAAAACAUUUAUUAAAUUUUUUGAACAAUUGACCCACGGUCUAUUGACAGUUCUUCGAGGCUUCGUGAAAAAAAAUUGUAAACCGUCGUUGACUCGACGUGAUACUUGUCGACGAACGAUUUACGAAAAUUUUAUUCAAAAAUGAAGAUUUUAUUCUUUUUUUCUUCGUGCUUAGCUCCAUUUUAUGGUCUGACAAUCGCUCAGCAAUUCCGAGAUCAAUUCGUCGUGAUAAAAUUGUACUGAAAAUGUAUUUUUGAAGAAUGUAGUUUUCGAUUAAGCGAAAGAGCUUCUGAAAGCAAUUUUAUGUAUACUCUUGACAUGGUGAAUUACCAAUACAAUUUUUUUGCACGUUCAA